AUGGCCAGCGUCGACGAGACUCCCCUCAGCGCCGCCCCUCACGAGCGCCGCAACUCGCUGGAGAAACACCUUCAGAUGCGCCCCGGCGUUCAGGACCUGAAGGACCGUCACAUUUUGCUUGACACAAACAUUUCUCCUUCCCUCCAAGCCGCCCGCCAGGAGCUCGACCGUCAGCGUACCCAAGAUAACCUAAAGAAGCACCUGGAGAAGCGACCGGAGCGCGAUGAGUUGAUCGAGCGUAUGCCUAUACCGUUUCAUUUCUCUCACCAAAACUAA